AAGCGCGCGGCUGCCCAGUUUUCCGGUUGCUCAGGACCAAAUCUUAAAAACGGAGAAUAAAAGGUGUCCAGUCGGGUGACCCGCCCUUUCUCCGGUUGGUAAAAAUGUCUUACUGUAAGCAGGAAGGAAAAGACCGUGUCAUUUUUGUGACCAAGGAAGACCAUGAAGUACCAAGCAACGCAGAGCUGGUGGAAGACGACCCCAAUGACCCCUACGAGGAUCACGGUCUCAUCCUGCCCAACGGGGACAUUAACUGGAACUGCCCGUGUCUGGGGGGGAUGGCCAGCGGCCCGUGCGGCCAGCAGUUCAAAGAUGCAUUCUCCUGUUUCCACUACAGCAAGGAGGAGGUGAAGGGAUCAGAGUGUCUCGAAUAUUUCCGCGGCAUGCAGGAGUGCAUGCAGAAAUACCCUGAACUCUACCCCCAGGAGGACGAUGAGGGCGACCCCUCUGACGCCGCUGCGCUUGUCGAAUCCACCAGCACUAACGCUGCUCCUGUUUCAGGCUCAGAGGAAGCAGAGGCACCGGCGAGCACAGAAAACCCUGCAGCCAGCUAAUAUACAUCUCCUCCCUCUCUUUCUUUUUUUUUAACCACACACAGCCAGCCUUUCAACCUCUGAACUGAGUGGCUCAGAACAAUAAAAACAAAGCUCAGAAACACCUACAAGGACGCAGGAUGUGAUGAAUGACGAUAGGAAUGCUAAAAAUGACUAAUGCUAGAUAAACCUCACUCUUCUCUUGGAUAAGCGUACACUAGGAUAAGGUGUGAUAUCGGCACUAAUAACCAUAAACCAGAACAAAAUAUUGAGUCAUUUUUGAUGCUUCUGCUGAUCAGAUUUGAUGAUUAAUGCUCAUUUUUGAAGGACUGCAUCUGCGCCGAGUUGUCUUUUGAUGCUUUUCCUUAUUAAAAGUCUUGUUUCACA